AUGAACCAUCGCAUCUACAAGCCAGCUUCAACGUCCAUAGCAAUCCCCGAUGAAUUAAACGGAGUUCCAGAGAAGACAGAUAUCAUCAGUUUGAAGUUAGAAGAUGAAGAAGGUAGGAAGAAUAUCAGCAGGAACUCGCAGGCUAACAGGCAUGUUGUCAAGAUGUUAGUUGCUGUGGUGGUUGCGUUUUUCAUCUGCUGGGCUCCUUUUCAUGCUCAGAGGCUUCUCGCCAUAUAUGGGGAGCACAUUUCCCUGUCCAUCACAACUUUCGAAGUGUUGACAUACAUUUCGGGAGUGCUGUACUACCUCUCCACUACAGUCAAUCCACUGCUCUAUCACAUCAUGAGUCACAAGUACAAGGCUGCUUUUAAGGCGACAUACAAGCAUUUCUGCGGAAGCAGUCGCAGCCACCACGAUCACAAACGGCGCUGUCACAAUCACACAUCUCCAAACGCCUUAGGUAGGUGUUACUCCGCCUUAUCACGCAGAUCCUCUCUUCGUCAUAGCAACAGUCAUAGCAACACAGAUUCUUGCAGCCGAAGCGAAUUCACAAACCAACACCAGCCCAUGGAGACAGAGAUGGCAAGUCUGUACAACGCUGGACGGCCAUUGGCUAUUUCCUAUAGGAGAGAGGUCCGUUCGCAACGGGACAACCAAUGGGAUGUUGCCGGAGACGCUCAGCAAGUUGUAACUGACGCCGACGGCUGCGAAGGAACCCGUAGAGACAGCUUCGUGGUAGUGCACCAGCUGAGACCUGUGCAUGUGUGUCCAUUAGCUGCUGAAGCUACUCUUUAA